GUAAUAUAAUAUUUAAAAACACAAAUAUGAUAAGUUUGUUGUUUGAUUAGUAUAUUGUUUUGUUUUUAAAUAGAUUUAUUUAUAAGUAUAUAUAAAUAUCAUAUUUGGCGGUAGAAGUUGUACUUUGUUUUGCACAUGCGCAGUAUAACACUGUUAUACGCAGACGCGCGCUUGCAUAUGUGUUCAGUUUGGAAUUGUAAGGUUAUGUUUUAUAGAGUUUGCAUUGAAAGACAUUUUUACACGUGAUUUCUUGUUCUAAAUAAAUUUUUUGAUCGUUCGAAUAAUAUUGCUUGGAAGUAAUAUUACGAAAAAGGCUUGAAAAAUAAUUUAAGGAUGUCUUCCUGGAAAAAAGCAGCUAAAUCAAUUCAAAAAACGCAUAGAGAACGACAUCAACCCGAAUCUCGUAAACAUUUGGGUCUUCUCGAAAAAAAGAAAGAUUAUGUUGCCCGAGCUAAAGAUUAUCAUAAGAAAGAACGUACUUUAAAGUUAUUGCAACAGCGUGCACUCAAUAGAAAUCCAGAUGAAUUUUAUUUUCACAUGAUCAAUUCUAAGGUAGAGAAAGGUAUUCAUAGAGAAAAAGAUAAGGAUGAUGAGCAUACACCUGAGCAAAUCAAAUUAAUGGAAACUCGAGAUAUCAGAUACGUUGCAUAUAAGAGACACAUAGAAGCUAAAAAGGUAGAGAAGUUGCAGAGUCAAUUACAUUUGAUAGACGCUGUUAAUGAAACAAAAAAUAAGCAUAUAUUCUUUGUGGAAGACGAUAAAGAAGAAAAAAACUUUGACAUUGUUAAAAGGCUAAAUACACAUCCUGCAUUAUUGUCCAGACGUUCAAACAGACCUAAUUUGAAUAAAUUAAAAGAGACCAGUUUUCCUCAAAUCGAUCAAAAUACUCUUGCUAGUAUCGAACGUCAGAAAUACAUGGCUUACAAGGAAUUGGAUAAGAGAAUUGAAAGAGAACGAGAGUUGACAAUAGUACAACAAAAAUUAGAAAUUCAGAGAGUUUUAGCCAAAGAGAAGGAAAGAAAACCGAAACAGGUUAAACCUGCGACCAGAUAUUCUGCUCCGAUCUAUAAAUGGAAGUUUGAAAGGAAGCGGUAAUAUGUUAUUAUACAUAUGAGGAAAACUUAUUUUACAAAUAUCCUCUCCGAUGGAUUAAAAUUUAAGAUACUAAAUAAUUUCAGUUUUUUCACUGUUCAUUAUGCUAUGUUUUAUUUAUGUUAAUAGAUUAUUAAGAUCAUUGUAAGUGGUAUUGGUUGAAUGAAUAUUUGUAAUAUAGUUAUUCCUAUAUUCAAUGAUGGCAACCCUGA